AUGGAUACUAUAGCUGUUUUACAAAGCAGAAUUGAACAACUUGAAGCUAAACUAGGUUUAACUUCCACUACCCCAGUGGACAACCAGCAAGGGGAUACCAUAACUGCGAAUCUUCUAAAUACUUCACAGUCAAUCAACAAUGCAGUUGCAGGCUAUGAAAAAUUGCCCGAGGCUAUGCAAAGAGCAACUGAGUUGAACAAUUAUACAGAUCCAAAUUUACUUGAAAACAUACAACAAAAUGAUAUGCGCAUGAGAGAAGUAGUUGCUGCAGAGCCUAUAAUUAAACAUCAUUGUCAUUGUAUGCAACGAUGUAAACAGACUGCACCAGUGCUGGAAUCUGAGGCGAUCUUGCAAGUUCCUCAAAUGCAAGAGGCUGUAGACCGCAUGCACACUGCUGCAGCUGAAGUUAAGGCAGAAGCUGACAUGGUCUCUCACGGUGUACAAGAAUUAGCUGAAACUUGUGGAGCUGCAGCUUCACAUGCAUCAGAACAACUAGCUGAAGUUGCACAAAAGGUUGAACUAGCUGAGGAAAAAAUUUUUCCUAAAAGAAGAAAUGGAUUGGAUUAA